CCUCCUCCCACCAACAAGCACAACGCCCACAACACUCUAUAUUAGCACCAAUUCUUCCUCCUCCCCCCCCCAAUCACACAGCGAAAGAAGCAAAGGAAACCAGCAAAAUGCCCCACACCUCGCGCAAAAAACACCCUCACCCCAACAACACCCUACAAGCGCAAAAACGAUUCCAAAUCACCGACGCCACUACCGGCUGGACGCAUGUCACCACGAGCGGCAAAGCGCGCCGCUGUGCGCGCACCACCAAAGACCAACAAUCCCAAUCCCAAUCCCAAUCGCCAACAAAAGAAGAAGAAGAAUCAUUAUUCCACCCCGCCGAAGCCCCACCCACCACGACCCUCGACACCCUCAAAACGCAAUUCACCCAGAUCAUCCAACGCACAUGGAAAGAUUCGUCGACUUGCGAUGUGGUGGGGAGGACGCUUCACAAUAUCCUCCUUCAAUCAAAACCCCAAGAGUCAAAUACGGAUAAUAUACAACAAUCGCAUACUACAGCAGAGAAUAAGCAUAAUGGAACAGGAUUAGGGAUUGAUUCCAUCAUCUGCAUCGGUCUCGGCAGUCCGAGCGGAUUCCUUCGUGGAGGGUGGGUCGAUCGGCGAUUAGUUUCGCUGUAUCAGUUGGCUGCGUUGGUGGAUGUCAUGGCUUCUAUCUCCUCUUCUUCUUCUUCUGCUGAUCCAACAAUAAAAACCUACGCCCAAGACCCCGUCUUUAAUACCCUCGAUAAAUCCCUCCUUUCCUCCCUCGACAUCACCGUUCUCGAGUCCCCCCUCGCAUUCGAGAAAGUAACUCCCCGUACAUUCCUUUUCUGUCCUGGCGCGGAGCGCACACAUCUCGAGCAGUUAUUGGCGCUGGAUCCGGCAUUUGUGUUUGGGGGACCGUUGGAGGAUGUCGAGUCAGAGGUGGUGAGUGCGUUUGUGAAGAGGAGGAGGAGUAGUAGGGAGUAUCAUCUAGAUGGGAAUGGUUGCCUCUCACCAUGAAAUUGUGGUGAAUGGCUGGUAUGGUGACAACCAUCUACUGGCUACACGCCUACGCUAUGCGCACCGAAUACCGAAUCGGCAUGCAUGCAACAAGGGUCGUAUUGUCAGCCCUAUGUGGAUCACACGCUCACGCUAUAUACAAACACGCCAAAGAGCACUUCG